AUGCCUAGCAUUGUUGUCUUUGAAUAUCAAGGAACGAGCACACCAAGGAUUUCGUUCACUGGUGUCUCUCGUAGAUGGAAAUCUUUCCUCCAGAUACGCUACGAAGGGCUAGACAAUUCAUCGUGGUUGUUAAAACUGAAGGCAUUUCUGAUGAGACUAAACGGAUCGGAAGUGUAUGUCACUCUUCCAUUGGGACCACUCGAAUUUUUCGAUUUGAGUGAAUCGUCAAAAGAUUUCACACUCUCGGAAGCUGUAGAGAUUGCCGAGUUUUUUGUCGAAAUUGAGACACGUGACUGCUACUGGUUUCCAUUUGAAUCAUCUACUUUUGCAGUGUUGGAUGGUAUCUUUCGGGUUUGUCGUCCUCGAUUGAUGAAAACAAAUUUGAGUAGGGCUGCGACUGGGAUUACAGAAGUAAUGUAUGAGAUGUUAGUCCUGAAAAGUAACGCAUACUACUAUUGUCAGUUUCCACGGAUUAAUAGUACUAUUUGGCAGAGCAGUUUGAAAGGAGUAACAGAUGUUACUAUAUUGUAUGAUGGUUCACCUAAACAGCUGCGAAGAAACACGCCCAAGGAUAUUUUCUUGAGGUUUUUGAAAAAUCGAGGAUGUGGCAUCUCAUUUGCUUCAACUUGGAAUCGAGAACUUGCGACAACCCUCGUGAGAGGGAACCAACUGAAGAGUUAG